AUGAAGCGAUCAGCCCCUGAAGCCGACAGCUUCGCGCAUUCGAAACGGCGACGCAUACACCACCAUGCCUUGCGACACAAGCAGCCCUCCGACGUGGACCCCUCCCUCGCACCGCAGGAUGCGCUCUUCGUUCAGAGUCAGCUAUUGCGCGCAAUAUCCAUCAGCUUAAGCGCCGUCGGCUUCGACAGUGUCAAGCCUAGCGCGCUGGAGGCUUUCCGUGCAGAGGUAGAAGAGUACAUGCUCCGCUUCCUCUCGCAUGCGCGACAGUCCAUGACCACCAGCCGCCGCACGCAACCUACACCAGCAGACUUUGCGCGCGCGCUCACGCAGCAGGGCAUCCCUCAUUCCGCCUCCCUCUAUCGCUACCUCGAUUCGCCCAUCCCGCCAUCGGUACUUCUGCCUGCGAUACCCCCUCCGCCACCUGCAGAGCCUCCGCCGCCGAACCUGGAUCCUGUGCUAGGGCCUAAGCUAGCAGGCACUGAAGAGAAAGCUAAGCGACACUACAUUCCCGCCCAUUUUCCGAACCUACCAAGCAAACACACAUGGCAAGCCGAGCCCGUCUUCACGGCGCGCGAAACGGACCCCCGUCGAAUACGAGAGCGCGCGACUGAGGAGGGCGUACUGGCAGAGCAGGCGCUGCGGAAGCUGAUGGCGGCCAGCAAGAGCGGGCACCAGGUCAGAAGGCGCAUUUCGAGCGACAGGCGCAGUGAGGAAGUGUGGAAGGAGACGUUGAAGGCGGUGAUGCAAGAGGACGAAGAAGACAGGAGGCGAACUGCGGAGGCUGAGGACUUUGGCUGGGAUGGGACCACAGAUGCGAGACCUGGGGAGGACAGUCAGUCACUUGAGCCGGGGACGGAUGGGGUUCUGGUCAACUAUGAGAGUCGCUAUUGGAGGAGAGGCCUGACGGGCAGGUAA